AUGGGCCAUCACUCAUGCUGCAACAAACAAAAGGUGAGGAGAGGCCUUUGGUCUCCUGAGGAAGAUGAGAAGCUCAUCAAAUAUAUUUCCACCUAUGGCCAUGGCUGCUGGAGCUCAGUCCCAAAACUUGCAGGGUUACAAAGAUGUGGAAAGAGUUGCAGGCUUAGAUGGAUCAAUUAUCUCAGGCCUGACCUCAAGAGAGGGAGCUUCACUCCUCAAGAAGAAUCUCUCAUCAUUGAACUCCACAGAAUGUUAGGUAACAGAUGGUCACAGAUAGCCAAGCAACUCCCAGGAAGAACAGACAACGAGGUGAAGAAUUUUUGGAACUCCACCAUUAAGAAGAAGCUCAUCUCUCAUGCCAUGGACAACCUCAAUCCCAUGCCGAUGCCUUUAGGCGACGAACACCUCCUCUUAAACCCACUGCCCUCAUUCCCAGUUCCAAACGAGCAGCUCUUAUGCAACCCGGAGCAGCUCUACUUCCACCUCAAUGCAAUCAACAACAUGCCAAUCCUGCCUACUUAUGAAAGCAGCAGCUCCACCGACUUCACCGGCAUCGGCUGCUGCCAGAGCCCGGCCGGUUACAUCAUUGACUCAACCCUAAUUGCACCGUCUCCCCAACAAGCAUCAACUUCAACAGUAAUACCAAUGAACAACUUUUACAAUCCCCUGGCGUUGGCAUAUAUUAAUGAAGCCAUUCCUCUGUUGCACGCAAACAGUAGUAGGGCUGCUGCUGCUGCAGGCUUCUUGGUGAAUAAUUUUGAUCCGAAUACUUCGUCGGAUCAGACACAGGUAGAAUCAAUUACUGUGGAUGGCCAGCAGAUGGAUGAAUUAAUUGGUGACAGGGCUCCAGCUGCGUACAAGGAUGUGGUCACCACCACAUCACUAGCAGAAACAGCAGCAGUAAUAGCUACUGACAGCAACAAUGAUGCCCUCGCUAAGGUUUCUGGCGUCCAGCAGUCACUUUGGAUUCAGUAA